UGUACGAAAGGGGUGGGUACACCAUGGUUGGGGAGGUUGAAACCCGGUCUCUUCCUGGCUGCCGGCUGGCCGGCCGGCCGUUCCUUUCCCGAUCCCGAUCCCCACCCCGACCUGACCUAACCCACCACCUCCUCGGCGCCGGCCCAUCCAUCCCACCGGCCUGGCCCAAGUCAACCCCCUCGCCCCGCCGGGUCACGACCGGAUCCCCCUCGCCUCAAUCCCACCACCCCCUCACCGCCGCCCCUAAACCAGAUCGGAUAGAUCCCCCAAUCCCGCCGCCGCCGCCGCCGCCGCCGAGAUGGACGACGACGACGCCGCCGCCUCCGCCUCGCCUUCCCCCUCGCCGUCCCCCGUCGCCUCCGCGCUCCCCGUCGCCGACCCCGUCACCGUCGCCGCGGGGCCUCCCUCCGGCCUCCUCGCGCUGGCCCUCCCGAUCCAGAAGCAGCAGCACGCGGCGUCGCCGAAUCCUGGGGGUGGGGGUGGCGGGAGGGAGGAUGCGUGGAGCGAGGGGGCGACGGCGGCGCUGAUCGACGCGUGGGGGGAGAGGUUCGUGGCGCUCGGGCGGGGGAGCCUCCGCCACCCGCAGUGGCAGGAGGUCGCCGACGCGGUGUCGUCGCGGGAGGGGUACGCCAAGGCGCCCAAGUCCGACGUCCAGUGCAAGAACCGGAUCGACACGCUCAAGAAGAAGUACAAGAUCGAGAGGGCCAAGCCGGCCUCGUCGUGGCAGUUCUUCGGCCGCCUCGAUGACCUCCUCGCCCCCACGUUCAACCAGAAGCCCGGCGGCAACGGCGGCGGCGGCGUCGGGGCCAGCGUGAACGGGCGCAACCCGGUGCCGGCGGCGCUGCGCGUGGGCUUCCCCCAGCGUAGCCGCACGCCGCUGAUGCCCGCGCCGGUGUCUGCGGUCAAGCGGAGGGCGCCGUCCCCGGAGCCGUCGGCGUCGUCCGAGUCGUCCGACGGGUUCCCCCCGGAGCGCCAGCCGGCGUUCCCGCCUCUCCCGCUGCCGCCGCCGCCGAACGGCAAGAGGAGCAGAGCGGACGAGGGGCGCGGCGGCGGCGCCGGCGGAGGCGGCGACCGCGCGCAGGGGCUACGGGAGCUCGCGCAGGCGAUACGGCGCUUCGGCGAGGCGUACGAGCGCGUGGAGACGGCGAAGCUGGAGCAAUCCGCGGAGAUGGAGCGCCGCCGCCUCGACUUCGCCAGCGAGCUGGAGUCGCAGCGCGUGCAGUUCUUCCUCAACACGCAGAUGGAACUCUCGCAGGUGAAGGACCACUCCUCCUCUCCCGCCAACGCCGCCGCGCCGCCUGGUGCCACCGGCGGCGCCGGUGGCACCUCUAGAAGAAUGGCGUCGGUUAACGACGCUAGCGCCAGUGGAAAUUACCACCGCCGGUAUCGCGUCAGCGACGGCGGCAGGCACCGCCACCACCCGCAGCCACCGCCGUCGCGCCCGCACUAUCAGUACCAUGAGAAUAACAUCGCCGUCGCUGCAGCGGCCGCUGCCAGCGACGGCGAACAGAGCAGCGACGAGGAGGACGACGAAGAAGAAGAGAGCCAGUGAUGGCACUCCAAAUUGGUGUCAUCAUUUCGCCUUAGAAGAAAAAAAAAACCGGAUUGCAUUGCAUUGCUGCAGCUUAGCUUAUAUUGGUUGGAUGCAAGAAAAUGUUGGCUAGGGAGUAGUGCCAAAUUAAGCAUUAUUAUUAUUAUUAUUAUUAUUAUCAGUAGAUAGUGAUGAUAAGUUUACCUCCCUGUACCAUUCAUCAGUCACAUUGUUGUUUGUUUCUCUGCAUUACAAGAACCUCCAAUGUGUGAUCUCAUUUGUGCCAAAGAAUGGUGAGUUGAGAGAUCAUUGCCAAUUUGCCUUGGGUGUUUGUUCAUUGCAUUGGGAGGCUUCAUGUUGAGCAUCUUGUACUUGUAACUUUGUACUACUAAAUCUGAUAUGCUCACAAGAAUUGAUUCGAGUGGUUCGUUCUUUGGAAAUGCUAUGGAGACAGAUGGUGUCAUAUGCUUUGCUUUUUGUGGAGUGGCACUGAAGUCUGGAGCUAAAAUAGGACUGUAGUUGUUCAAGAGGGUACGUUGUGCCUUGAUGCUGGGUGCCUGGGUAUGUGCAGAAUCUGGAUGAUGUAGACCCGUAGUGGAUGGGCAGAAAGACACGUGUUGUGCAAGUGAGUUGCAAUGCAUCGCAAAAGAGCAGCAAAAGAACAUGAUGUUGUAAUCUCGUAGUACUCCUAUUGAGGAAUCUAUGUAUCUGUUUUUGCAGACUGCAGGUGCUUUUGAAGAUGUCGUACGUUAUUUAUUAGGGGAAGAAAAAUUCCUGAUUUUAUUCUUGA